AUGGAGGGCACGAUGCUGACCGCGGGGGAGGAGAAGCCGCAGAAGCGGGUGAGGUUUCGGGUGGCGUCAGGCCACAGCGGCCGGGUCCUCAAAGAGAUGUUCAAGGACGAGGGGCCCUCGGACUCACUCGACUCCGAUUGCACCAGCAGCACGGACCUGGACCGGGCCAGCACCCCCUCGACCAGCGGUGAGGCCAUGAACGGGCACCUGUUCGGCCACCUGGGCUCGGAGCUGGACGACAGCGAGAGUGAGCCAGACGACCUGCUCAUGAUCACUGGCGGGGCCAAGGAUCGCACGUUCACCACCAAACGGGUCAACAUCCUCAGUAAAAACGGGACCGUUCGGGGUGUUAAACACAAAGUCAGCGCUGGUCAAAUGCUCUUUAAUAACCUUACCAAAGUCAGCGGGCCUGACAUGACAGUGGAAUUUGGGCGGAUUAUCAUCUACACCACCAGCUUCCGUGUUGUCAGGACAACCUUUGAGCGCUGUGAGCUUGUGCGGAAAAUCUUCCAGAACCACAGGGUCAAAUUCAUGGACAAAAACAUUGCUUUGGACAGUGACUAUGGGAAAGAGCUGGAGGAGAGGUGUAAGCGUGUGGGAGAGCCACCAUCCCUUCCUGUGGUCUUCAUUGAUGGACAAUACCUCGGGGGGGCUGAGAAAAUAUUGGCCAUGAAUGAAUCAGGGGAACUUCAGGAUCUUCUGACUAAAAUUGAGCGGGUGCAGCACCCACACACGUGCCAGGCUUGCGGGGGCUUCGCCUUCGUCCCGUGCCCAAUGUGCCAUGGCAGCAAGAUGUCCAUCUUCCGCAACUGCUUCACAGACAACUUCAAGGCCCUCAAGUGCACGGCGUGCAACGAGAAUGGACUGCAGCCCUGUUCAAUCUGCUCACUCUGACUUCCUGCUGGUCUGACCUUCGCACAGACUUGGACGAACUAACUCGGAAGGAAGGGGCCAGGCUCAGUGGACAGAGGACAUGUUUUUUUAUUUUUGUGAUGAGCCACCCAUCUUUGUCUAGGCCUAUUGGCAUCCAUUUUGUAAUACAUUUGAAGACACUAACUUUGAAAUGUUGAGGCCAAUUCUCUUUCUAUUUUGCAUUACAAUUGGUAGUUGUGCCAACAUUGUCAGUAUGAGGUCUAUACUGAAGCUUCCUGUGUAACAGCAUGAAAGUUGUUUUAUAAGCAUUUGUCCUCAACUAAGUCAGAUGAUAUGACUGUUAGUAAGAACAAUGUCACCUUCAUGAAAUUCCUUAAUGUCUUCUGCAGGCUCUUCCCAUAGCCAUUUGUAUUCCUGCUGAAUAGAAUAAUUCUAUUGUGUGACCUUUAUAGGCCCUUUUCAUAGCAGACUUUCAAUGUAUAGCACUG